CGAAUAACUGUGUCAGUGAACGGCUGAUUAUGCAGAUGGCUGACCGUCUUGCAGAGGAUGGUUAUCGAGACGCUGGGUAUACAUAUGUCAGCAUUGAUGAUUGCUGGUCCAAUAAGGAGCGAGACCCUUCUGGUAAUCUUCAGCCUAACAGUACACGAUUUCCAAAUGGGAUGAAGGCCUUAGCAGACUAUUUACAUAGCAGGGGGCUGAAACUUGGAAUGUAUGCUGAUUAUGGCACCCACACAUGCGCUGGUUAUCCAGGAAGUAUUGAUCACAUGGAGCAAGAUGCAAAGACAUUUGCUGGUUGGGGGGUGGAUUAUCUAAAGGUUGAUGGCUGUCACUCAAAACCAGCUACAUUUGAUGUCGGUUACCCCAAGUUCUCACAAGCUCUUAAUGCCACAGGAAGACCAAUAUUACUGAGCUGUGAAUGGCCUGAUUACCAGACCAAAAGGGGUAUGAAGCCUGACUAUCCUGCUAUUGCAAAAAGUUGCAACACCUGGAGAAACUACCUUGAUUUACAGGACUCCUGGGAAAGUGUGUUAGGAAUUGUGGAACACUUUGCCCAGAAUCAGGACACAUUCACAGCAGUAGCAGGGCCUGGGCAAUGGAAUGAUCCAGAUCAGCUUGUAGUUGGUGAUUUUGGGCUGAGCUACGAAGAGUCAAAAGCCCAGUUUGCUCUUUGGUCAAUCCUAGCUGCAGUAAGUAUAGUUUUUAUUCGUCUUGUAAAAAGAAAUCUAGUUACAGAAACAAUCAAAUGAAUGCUUUUGAGGGAGUUAUGAUGACUUAGUGUAAGUU